AUGCGCGGCAAACGCCAAAAGCAAUACCGCAAGCUCAUGCACAAAUACCAACUCACCUUUGCCUUCCGCGAACCCUACCAAGUCCUCCUCGACGCGCAAAUCAUCAUCGACGCCGCCCGCUGCAAAAUGCAACUCGGCCACCUCCUCCAACAAACUCUCCACGGCGCCAUAAAACCCAUGAUCACCACCUGCAGCAUCCGGCACCUAUACCAGAUGCCCCCCUCACCGGAGAAGGAAGCGUGGAUCGCAGUCGCCAAGUCCGCGGAGCGGAGGCGCUGCGGGCACCACGAAUUGGAAGCACCGCUGACGGAAUUGGAAUGCGUAGAAUCGGUGGUGGACCCAAAGGGGAACGGGACGAAUAAGUUCCGGUACGUGGUUGCGAGUCAGGAUGUGGAAAUCCGGAGGAAGAUGAGAGGGGUGGUGGGCGUGCCGUUGGUGUAUAUCUCGCGCAGCGUGAUGAUUCUGGAGCCCAUGGCGGAGAAGUCGGAGCGGGUGAAGGAGGGGGAGGAAAAGGCCAAGAUUAAGGCCGGGUUGAAAUUCAGACGAGGGGCGGAGAAGAGGAAGAGAGACGAUGAAGAGGAUGAUGAUGGAGAAGAAGAGAGUGGGAAGGCUGGAGAGGCUCGGGAUCGGGAUGUGGAAGAGCCCGCGAAGAAGAAAGUCAAGGCCAAGGGGCCCAAGGGGCCUAAUCCGCUGAGUGUGAAGAAGGCAAAGAAGGAAGAGCCUACAAGUAAGAACAAGCAAGGCGACGAAAGAGCUGCGACCCGUAGGGCCACGAAGGCAGAUUCGCAGGCCGCAGACAGAGGCGAACUGGCUGCUACAGCGAACGAUGAGAGUGGUCACGGCGUCACAGACGAGACUCGCAAGCGGAAGAGGAAGAGAAAGCCCAAGGAUGCCACUGCCGGCGCAGAAGCGACCUCAGUUGCAGAUGGGGAAGAUUGA